GCCUUGUUUGCUCAUUUCAAACUCUCUUUUUUCCCCUCAGCCUCGUUGCUGCUUGAAAGAGAAGCAUGUUCCUGCUCCUCCUCCCAGGAUCCUAACCUGCGCAAUAUCAGGAUCCAGCUCCAGCUGGAGAAACGUCGAGUGCAGCGCUGCCUUGUGAGGACUCGGACUUCGCUAGCUUUAUGCUGAUCUGCUCUGGGUGCUGCUUCAUUCCAUCUUCCCUCGCCGGUCAUGGAUCUUGCAAAUACGCUUAUUCGUAGUGUGGCUCGCGCUUUCUAUGAGACCCGCCAAAUCCUGGUGAUUGAUGCGCUCUUCAUACAUUCAGUGCUUCAUGCAGAGGACCUUGCCUUCCUCUUGGGCAUGCAGCAGAAAGAUCUCCGGAAACUCUGUGCCCGGUUGCGCGAGGAGCGUCUGAUUGCAAGUCACACGCGAGCUGAACUCCGAGAUGGAUCUACUCGUCCCGUCAACCGCGAAUACUACUACAUCCCACUACACCCAGUCAUUGAUGCGAUCAAGUACAAAGUUUCGAAAUUGACGUCAACGAUCAAAGCUCAAUACACGCCCAGCGAGGAAAGAAAGGAAUACAUCUGUCUGCGCUGUGGAGCGGAAUGGACAGAACUAGACGUGCUGAGCCUGUAUUCUGAAGAAGGUUUUGAGUGCCAGAGCUGCGGAGCCAUCCUCGAACGGACCGAGGAUGUGAAGGGCACCGAAGGGAUCGAUCGAACGGGACACGAAAAGAACAGCAAGCUCAUGGCCCAGCUCGACAAAAUGUUGAAGUUGCUUAAACAGAUUGACUCGACCGAGAUCCCGCCUAAUGAUUUCGAAACGGCUUGGGAUCACAAAGUCGAUGUUAUCCGAAACCAGCAGACUCAUCCCACAAGGCCUACUAUCGCUGUGCCCUCGAAGAAGCAAGAGCUGGUCCGCGGCAAUGCCAAGACUGAUGCGGCUGCUCUCGAGAUCUCCCUUACCUCGUCUGAGGAAAAGAGCGCUGCCGAGCAAGCAGACGAAGCUGCACGCAAGGCCGCGCUGGAAAAGCAGAAUGCCCUUCCAGUAUGGCAUACGCAUUCCACCGUCUCCACGACGGCUGGCAACAUCAAUACGGCCACUACCAUCAAACGGGAAUCCGAUGCGGCCAUCAAGCCUGAAAUGAAGGAGGAAGAAGCAGAAACUAAACCUGCCAUUGACACUCUUGAUGAUAAAGUUGCUGCCUACUACGCCGAAAUGGCCAGGGAGCAGGCCCUGCAGGCCCAGGAAGACGCAAGCACCCCCGAGGAAGACGACUCCGACGAAGAAUUUGACGAGCAAUUUGAGGACGUCGGUACUAUUUCCGUUAGCGAUGUACCUGGCACUCCUGCAGCCGUUGCUCCUGCUGGCGGUCCGACUAGUGCGCCUAUUGCUGCGGGACCGCCAGCAACAACAACAAUGGUCACUGGUAUCAAGCGUGAACUUGACGCGGACUCUAUCCUCAGUACCACCAGUGUCCCGCAAACUACUUCAGUUACUCCAUCAACUUCUGCAGCAGAGGACGGUGCUCCGGCGGUAAAGAAGCCGAAAAUCGAAGAACAAGGCCCUCAAGUUAAAAGAGAGGAGGAAGAAUCGGAUGAGGAUGAGGAGUUCGAGGACGUUUGAUACUUUCGCCCCCUCCCCAGUUUGUCCUCUAGCUAUACUUACUGAUCCGCAAGCCAUUUCUAUUUGUUUUAUUUAUUCACUUAUUUUUUUAUUUUUUAUUUUUUCAUGGUAAGUCCGACUUGGCGCUGGCGCUGGCGCCAGCAAAGAAAGAUCACCAGUGAUUAUUCCUUAUUUACUUCUCACUGGGUUGGCUAUGGUAUGUUCAUUUCCAACGGAGAAGUGAUGGCAUUCCGUUUCAUAUUAUUUUUCUUCGCUUGAUGUAUGAUUCGAACUUUUUCUAUCCUUUUCGAGGGCUCACUUGAUGCUGUGAGAUAUAGCUCGAUUUAGACAUUCGAUAUUUUAUAGCGUAAAUCAUGGAUAUAGACAUAAAAGUUAUUAUAAUCUUCGACAAUUGAAAGAAUCACAG